AUGCCCGCCAAGAAAAAGACUUAUCAGAAGGAAAACCUCGAUGGAGUCAUGACGAGGGCAGCAAGACGUAUGAAGAGUAUGUCUAAUAAUUUGACUGAAGAGAAGGCAUACGAAGAAGCAAAGGUCACGCUGAGCCCAAGCGCAAGAUCUCCAACUCCGAGUGGAGAUUUUACAACUCCGCUGUCCUCGCCCAUCCGGACGGAAGAUGAAAAGGCUAAGAAAGCUCAACAACAUCCUGGACCUCGGGUGAUGAGCAAUAAGCAAAUUAUCUUUUCUGUGAGUGUCGCACUCCUGGCCAUCGUUGCCUUUCAAGUUGGCCGAAGCGAUUGGGGCCAGGAAAAGGUCAGAAUCAUGCAGAACGCAUGGGAGGACCAGCGAGUCCAGUGGCUUGAAGAAAACCCGACUCUCGAUGCGAUCGUAAAGAUGUUCUCGAAGAAAGCCGAGUCCCUCGACUUGGCCAAAAUGUGGAACGAGCUGACCUGGGAAAACGUCAAGGAAAAAAUGACCUGGACUGAGGUGAAAGAAGCCAUCUCAGCAAGCUCGUUUGAAAUCAAACGAGAAGAGUACAAGAUCGCCAGCUGGUUCAACGCAGUCAAGGCUGCUUGGUACGAAGAAGACGAUCAACAGGAAGAUUGA